UCCCCUUUCGGGUUUAAGCUCAUCUCGCCCAAAACCCUUCUUCUCUCUGUCCUUCCCCCAUCUCCUCUUCUACCGGCUCUCGUCCUCUUCCUCUUCUUCCUCCCUUUUUUAAUCGCGUCGCUCUUCUUUUUUCUUUGAUUUCUUUUUCUUCUCCUUCUCUCUUUUCAGCUCCUUACUCACCGGGUGCUCUGCGCACGAGCGACCUUCUCCACCUCCAGUUCUCCCCCUCCACCUUCUCCUUAUCGCCCACAUGGAUAUAACUUUUAUCACAAUCCACGAUCUUACCCGUGACUGCCGCGUACUCUUUGCGUCCGACUCGCUCGGACUCGUGCUGGGCUACGAAUCCGAGGAUGUGAGGCGGCGGUCGGUGUUUGACUUUGUCCAUCCGGACGAGCUGCUCGAGUGCAGACGCAGCCACCGCAAGAUCGUCUUCACCGACAAAGCUGCUGCCGUCGUCUAUCUCCGGCUGCUUCACAGCAACGGCUCCUGGGUGAGCUGCGAGUGCGUCCUCACCGUCGUUUCUGACGUGCUCUUUGCAGCCACAUCCGUCUACCAGUGGACGGUCAAAAGCGAAGACCGCGCACGCCUAGCUCCGCUCAUUCACCGGGCGUUUGCGAACUCAUCAGCAUCUGCAACUGCCAGUCGCGCCCGGAUGCUAACCCAACUAGCCCCCAAAUUCGAUCAACCGUUUGUCGAGCGCGAGCGUCGCGCGGCUCUGAUCCUCAACCGUGCGUCGCUCUCGCUGCCGGUGAUGUACGCAACACACUCGAUCGAGUCCUUACUCGGCAUCGCGGCCGACGAUCUCAAGGGCUGGAACUUCUGGGACUGCGUGAAUGCCGAGAGUCAGGUGUCGGCGCAGAUGGCGGUCGAGCGCGCGAAGGAGAACGAUUCGAUCGCAUACAUGCGCUUUCUGUGGUGCGAUCCACGGUCGCAUGCGCAGCCGUCGACGGUCUGGGACUCACGGUUGUGUACGAAUAUGCGGAGUCCGAUUUCGAACGAGAGAGUCGAGGUCGAGGCUGUGGUCUCGUGCUCGUCUGACGGCCUUGUUGUCGUGCUUCGCCGCGCGACACCGGUCACUACACCUGAGCAGGCCAUGCUUGUCGGCUCUUCGUCGUCGUCGUCGUCUUCUACCACUUCAUCGACAAAUCCCUCUCUAUACGGGGACGACGGCGGUGGCCAGCUACUGAGCGGUGUGUUUAAAAGCCCGUGGGGAGUCCAUGUGCACCUGCCGCCGCCGGUGCCCACAACCCCACUAAUUCCUACUGAGCCGCUCGGGGACAACUCCCAACUCAGUUCACUGCUGAAAGAAAACAGCAGCAGCAUGCCAAGCGAGAAUAUGACAGGAGGAUGGGACGAAGACGACGAUAAAAUCAUGGAGAGCAUACAGGAUCUGGCCGUCAUUGCAUGGGGGAUACGGCCAGCGCAAACACAGCACGCAGAUACACAGCCUACACGGCUGCCAUGAAUACUGCACGACAUCUACAGCAGCAGCACCACCACCACCACCCGACACCUAAACGAGCUCACGGCACCGCCGGAAGCAGCAGUGGCUCCUCCGCAUACGGCCGAUAAGAAAGUGAUAUCUAAAAUCAGAAGCGAGGCCGCGAUGAGGAUGAGGCCUCAGACGAGACGCUAACAAACCUAAAAUGUAUUUUUAUUUCUAUUUCCAUUUACUCCUUCUUUCUGAUACAUUUGUUUGAAUACAGAUAAUCUAUAGAGUAC